AUGUCCCCACCAACAACCUCUGCCCUAGCCCUCUCCCUCCUAACCAGCCUGGGCGGUAUUAUCGGCUACUCACGGACCGGAUCCCUCCCCUCAAUCAUCGCCGGCGUCUCCGUCGGCCUCGUCUACCUCCUCUCAUUCCUGCGUCUGCGCGCCGGCCAAUCCUACGGUGAGGAACUGGGUCUCCUGGCCUCGGCCGUGCUGGGUGGAAGCUCUGUCCCGCGCGUGAUCAAAACGGGCGGGAAGCCUGUUCCGCUGGUUCUGUCUGUGCUGGCUACUUACGGGCUUUUUGUUUUUGGGGUUGCGUUUAGGGAGAAGAGGGCAUGA